AAUGGCAAGUACUCUACCUCCUUAUCCUCGAUCAGACACAGGGGAGAAGUUACAUCAGUGUAUGGAGUGUGGAAAACAAUUUGAUAGGAAAAGUUCUCUUACUGUACAUGAACGGACCCACACAGGGGAGAAGCCAUAUCAGUGCAUGGAAUGUGGAAAAUGCUUCAGUCGGAGUGGCCAUCUACGUUCCCAUCAAAGGACGCACUCAGGGGAGAAGCCAUAUAAAUGCAUGGAAUGUGGAGAAAGCUUCAGUCAGAGUGGAAAUCUACGUUCCCAUCAAAGGAUCCACACAGGGGAGAAGCCACAUAAAUGCAUGGAAUGUGGAGAAAGCUUCAGUCAGAGUGCCCAUCUACGGUCCCAUCUAAGGAUCCACACAGGGGAGAAGCCACAUAAAUGCAUUGAAUGUGGAGAAAGUUUCAGUCAGAGUGGCACUCUACAUUCCCAUCAAAGGAUCCACACAGGGGAGAAGCCACAUAAAUGCAUUGAAUGUGGAGAAAGUUUCAGUCAUAGUGGCAAUCUACGUUCCCAUCAAAGGAUCCACACAGGGGAGAAGCCAUAUAAAUGUAUGGAAUGUGGAGAAAGUUUCAGUCUCAGUGGCGCUCUACGUUCCCAUCAAAGGAUCCACACAGGGGAGAAGCCACAUAAAUGCGUGGAAUGUGGAAAGAGUUUCAGUCAGAGUGGCCAUCUACGGUCCCAUCUAAGGAUCCACACAGGGGAGAAGCCACAUAAAUGCGUGGAAUGUGGAGAAAGUUUCAGUAAGAGUGGCAAUCUACGUUCCCAUCAAAGGAUCCACACAGGGGAGAAGCCACAUAAAUGCAUGGAAUGUGGAGAAAGUUUCAGUAAGAGUGGCAAUCUACGUUCCCAUCAAAGGAUCCACACAGGGGAGAAGCCAUAUAAAUGUAUGGAAUGUGGAGAAAGUUUCAGUCGCAGAGACCAUCUACGUUCCCAUCAAAGGAUCCACACAGGGGAGAAACCACAUAAAUGCGUGGAAUGUGGAAAGAGUUUCAGUCAGAGUGGCCAUCUACGGUCCCAUCAAAGGAAGCACACAGGGGAGAAGCCAUAUAAAUGUAUGGAAUGUGGAAAAAGCUUCAGUCACAGUGGCAAUCUUCGUUCCCACCAAAUGACUCACACAGUACAGAAGCCAUAGAAGUGCAUAGAAUGUGGAGAAAGUUUCAGUCCAAAUCUAUCUACAUUGCUUUUAAAGGAGCCACGUCGUAGAGAAGCCAUAUAAAUGCACGGAAUGUGGGAAGAGCUUUAGAGAACAUUCAGCAUACAAUAAACAUCACGGAACUCAUGUGCCGCUAGAGGAGACCUGCCUUUCAGUUUCUGAGCUCUCUUUCAAAAAAUAUUGGAAUGAAAGAGGAAGGCCGGCACCUGGCUCUCUCUCUUUCUCUCUACCAUGAACUAGUUUGUGUGGCCUUUGUUCUGGAACAGCUGUUCCAGGAGCUCCAGAUUUAUUUGCUGUGUUUAAAUGUUUGUGUGCAAUCCCAUGCUUGGGAUUUUGCAGCAGGGGGUUUCCUGUUAUAAUUUGCAUUUAUAGGGUAAGCCACCUGCCAAUUAUAGUUAGGAUCCCUGGUCCCGCCCCCUUUUUGCCUUUCGGAGGGAAGGGGACAUUUUUCAGUUAGUCACAGCAAGGGAAGCCAAGGCAGAGGAUGCGUACAGACGUUCGUCCUGUGCAAAGGCUUCGUCUUUUAAGACUUCCUGGGGAAGAACAGAUUAAAGGCCUCUACAGAUUCCCAAAGGGUUCCAGGGAACAGCUUCACAGCCCUGAGAACCUCCGGAGGGAAUAACAGCUCUUCAUCUUCAGCUAAGUGAUUUCAAGCCUGAUGGUACGUCUGUUCGGUUCUGAGACGCAGUUCAGCCGGUAGCAGACUCAGACCAGUCAGGUUUAAGUUCACAGCAGCCUGGGAGGAGCUUUAAAGGGGAAUUUUUCCUGUUAAACAAAGUUUAUUGAAGAUAGUGCCUGUUUCCUGUAAACAAGACUGCAAGAGCCAAUAGACUAUUUAGAAUUCUUACAAUUCCUGCUUGUUCAUUAAUAAAGACUGUUGUAUUUAA